UCUGAUUGCUGGGCUAUGGCUAAGAAUCAACGUAACUGUCCACUUAUAAGAUAAAGGUGUAAUAUGGAAUUUGAGCUUUACCUUAUAUCUAACGUAUUAGGAGUUGUAAUCGUUUUGCUGAUUCUCUAUAAACAUAUUAAUUUUAAUACUGAUAAGCAAUGCAAGGAAUAGAUUAUGGUGGUGGACAAAACCUAUGAGAACGUAGUAAAAGGUGGCCUUAGAAUAAAAGGCAAACUAAUUGCAAAAAACAAAAAAGUUAUCGACACCAAUACAAAUAAACCUAAGGAUGUAAUUGAAGUCAAAAAAUUGUUACCCAAACCUGACGUUGAGUCUAGUGAUGCUUUACAGUCCAAGAUAAAUCAAGUAAUGCUUAAUGAAUCGUUGACUACCACCGAGAAAACGUUUUUAAUCGCCCAAAUUAAAAGGAGUUCCAAAAAGGUUGAUGAUGUGCUCAAGGAGAGUCACCGCGAAAAGGUUGAAAAGUUUAACAAAAAGCUUGCUAGCCUCUCCGAGCAUUUUGAUAUACCCAAAGUUGGGCCAGGGUAAUUUCU